AUGCUCGUUUCCCUCCGAUUCUACGACAUACUCGCUUUUAUCACUUUAUUGCUUCUCAGUAGGGCCACAGGAAGCCUUCAGGAAUUUGACUCCUCGAAAAAUCAACUGGUGUUGGGAAAUGCUCAGGACUCAUCUGCAUCAGGGAUAAGCGAGAGACUGCAUCAACAGUUCAGAACCUAUGCGGACCUUGUUGACAUUUCCUAUUGUAUCACAUCUCUGACCUCCAUCAAAAAACCAUUCAAGUGCAAUGUUGGUUGUGACAAGUUUCCCAACACCACCGUCGUUUAUCAAUGGACAACCGAUAGCGACGCCAUUCUGGACCAUUCUAUGCUCGUCUCGGGCUACAUCGCCGUGGACAACUUGACCCGGUCCAUCUACGUUUCCCUACGCGGCACCAAAUCUUUUACGGACACUUUAUCGGACAUUGAGAUCACACAAAUGACAUUUGCUAAUCCUGGCAAUCAUCUAUCAAAAUGCGUCAAUUGCAAAGUGCAUGCGGGUUUCUAUAUGACGUACAGGAACACUGUUGGACGCAUCGAUCCUGUGUUAUCCGAUCUUAUCAAACUCUACCCGGCUUAUCAAGUGCUAUUCCUCGGGCAUUCACUAGGUGGUGCAGUUGCCAUGCUUCUCCCAAUCCAUCUCAUCGAGACUCAAGGCUUUAAAAACUUCCGUGUGGUUACAUACGGCCAGCCAAUCGUGGGUAACGAGGCCUUUGCCGAUUGGUAUGAAAAAUCGCUAGAUGCAAAUGGACUCUUGGACAGCCGGCUAUUCUACCGGAUCACCAAUAUUGGCGACCAGAUCCCGACUUUGCCAAGAUCCCAGAUUUCCACACCAAUCAUCUACGAACAGGUUUCUGGUGAGAUAUUCUUAUCGCAAAUCGAGACUGAUAUCCCAAAGGAGGCCGUCUGGGUCUGCAAUGGCAGGUCCGAUAGACACUGUUUGAAGAACUCAUAUUUCAGUGCCGAUGCUCAUUUGAUUUACUACAAGAAAAUAGGAACUUGCAUUCCCAACAUUAAUAACGACUAA